CGAACUCCCUCAACAUGGUUGCCUCCUUCCACCUCGUUGCCACCCUCCUUGCUCUGGCUGCCGCCUUCUUAUCCGUCUCCGCACAGACUAUUCCGGCUUGCUCCCAGGCUUGUGCUGUCAAUGCUACUCGUAGCGCAGGUUGCGGUGGAUUCACUAAUCUCGGCGUUCGUCAACAUUCCCUUCCUUAUCAUUAAUUUUUCGUUGACCGGCGGUUACCCUCCCGUUGCGCGGAUCCGACAGUGCGUUUGCAACAGCAAGACUUUCUUCACUAACGCGGGCGUUUGCACCCUCGAAAACUGCGACUCGACGGAAAUCGCCCAGGCUUUUGCUGCUCUGACAAAGCUUUGC